AUGUCGGCAGGCGCUAGCAGCACCCACGCGACGGCGAGCGGCUCAGCGAGCCCGGCCUCGCAUCGCUUUGAGCCCGACCUCCUCAUCGCGCCCAUGCCUUCCGCGGGUAUCGUCGAGCUCGUCGAGCACAAACGCGAGUCGCUGAGCGAGUUUAGCCGGCCCCGCACCCACCCGAGCGGCCCACGCCGCCACCCAAGCUGGCUUUGGGACCUCGGCCCGUGCUCCUCGGCCGAGGAGGAGCGAGCGGUGAGCCCAGCAGCGCCAGCGCGCAAGGAGCGGGCCGCCCGCGUGGUGCGCGGCUGCGACUCCGCGCGCGCGCGGAGGACAUCCAAGGGCAGAAAAUCUCUGCGGGGCAGCAGGCAGGACGCCGAGCAAGCCGAGGCGGUCGAGGGGGCCGAGGCGGCGGCAAAUGCAGCGGAGCAGGACGCAAAGAUUGCGGCGGCUGUGGACGCGGCAAGGCGGGCCCGGGCCAAGUCAGCUGGCGCCAAGGAGGCACAGCGGGCGGCGGCGGAGAUGGCCGCAGAGAUGGCGGCUGAGCGGGAGGCAGCGGAAAGGGCGGCGAUCGAGCGUAUGGUGCGAGAGCGGCAGCAGCUCGUGUAUCUCAAGGCGCUGAGGAACGGCCUUGACGCCAUCAAGACGGCGGCUGAGGCGGCUAUUGCGGCUAUGGCGGAGGGCGAGGACGACGCGCCCCGCCCGAGUGUCGCCGCGCUGCGCGCCAGCUUUGCUGAGGCCGGCGCGUCGCCGCUCACGCCGGAACAGAUCCCGACGCGGGCGUCGUGGUCGUCGGCCGGUCGGUGGCAGUCGAGGGUGUCAGCAGGCGCAUCCGCUGGUGUGGGUGCCGUCGCGGCGCUCAAGCCAGUGCCCCGGUCCUCCUCUUUCGGCCGUUCGACGAUGUCGGCUCCAGACUCGGCGGCAGGCGGCGUCUCUGCGCUAAAAGCAAAGUUCGCGGGCAACAGCCUGAGACCGGGCAGCGGCCUGCACCGCCAUCUUCUGCAGGCGGGCGCUGAGCGUUAG